AUGGCUCAGCACUUCUCCCUGGCCGCCUGCGACGUGGUUGGCUUCGACCUGGACCACACUCUGUGUCGCUACAACCUGCCCGAGAGCGCCGUGCUCAUUUAUAAUAGCUUUGCUCAGUUCCUGGUCAAGGAGAAAGGGUAUGACAAGGAAUUGCUAACUGUGACUCCAGAGGAUUGGGAUUUCUGUUGCAAGGGCUUGGCAUUGGAUCUAGAAGAUGGGAACUUCAUUAAACUUGCAGAUAAUGGCACUGUGCUCAGGGCAAGCCACGGCACAAAGAUGAUGGCUCCCGAGGCACUGGUGGAGGAGUAUGGCAGGAAGGAGUGGAAGCACUUCAUGUCUGACGCGGGAAUGGCUUGCCGAUCAGGAAAAUAUUAUUUUUAUGAUAACUACUUUGACCUGCCAGGAGCGCUUCUAUGUGCCAGAGUGGUGGACUCUCUAACAAAGCAGAACAAUUUUUUUUUUUCAUUUGAUUUUUGGAAGGAUAUAGUUGCUGGUAUACAACACAAUUAUAAAAUGUCAGCUUUUAAGGAAAACUGUGGAAUAUAUUUUCCAGAAAUAAAAAGAGAUCCAGGCAGAUAUUUACACACUUGUCCUGAAUCUGUAAAAAAGUGGCUCCAACAGCUCAAGAAUGCUGGGAAAAUUCUCUUGUUAAUUACAAGUUCUCACAGUGAUUACUGUCGACUUCUCUGUGAAUAUAUUCUUGGGAACGAUUUUACAGAUCUUUUUGACAUUGUGAUUACAAAUGCAUUGAAGCCUGGUUUCUUCUCCCAUUUACCAAGUCAGAGACCUUUCUGGACACUUGAAAAUGAUGAGGAGCAGGAAGCACUGCCAUCUCUUGAUAAACCUGGCUGGUAUUCUCAAGGGAACGCUGUCCACCUUUAUGAACUUCUGAAGAAAAUGACUGGCAAAAAUGAACCCAAGGUCGUUUACUUUGGUGACAGCAUGCAUUCAGACAUUUUCCCAGCCCGUCAUUAUAGUAAUUGGGAGACAGUUCUCAUCCUGGAAGAGCUCAGAGGGGACAGAGACUGGAAGCCUGAAGAAUCAGAGCCUCUAGAGAAGAAAGGAAAAUAUGAGGGAUCAAAGGCAAAGCCUCUAAAUACAUUAUCUAAAAAGUGGGGCUCUUUUUUUAUUGAUUCAGUUUCGGGACUGGAAAAUACAGAAGACUCACUGGUUUAUACAUGGUCUUGUAAGAGAAUCAGUACUUACAGCACUAUUGCAAUUCCAAGUAUUGAGGCAAUAGCAGAAUUACCCCUGGACUACAAAUUUUCAAGGUUUUCUUCAAGCAAUUCAAAAACAGCUGGCUACUAUCCAAACCCUCCAUUGAUCUUAACAAAUAAUGAGACACUGACAAGCAAAUAAACUGUCUUUACUGGAAAAUGAAGAACUAUAUAUGCAGCAAGUCUACUGUAAAAAUGUUAUCUUUCAAAAAAUAACUAUAAAAUGCUUUAUAGGAACAAAUUCUUAAUGAUAACUUACCAAGAAAUUGAUGUUUUUUCCAUAGGUCUCCUUUCUGUAUAGACCAUCUUUAUGCCCAGCAACUCAUUAUAUUAAAAUCUCAGUAUCUUAGAACUGAAAAGAACCUUA